AUGACUCUGUCUUGGAGGCCAGCAUGUCCAGGUAUAGGAGAGGCCAUCGUGUGUGUUCUUCUGUUUUCAGGACUCUGCUCAUGCCUCCAUGAAUACCACUUCAUUGAUGAACCAGAGGCUUGGCAUCACGCCAAAGGGUACUGCAAAGAGAAGUACACAGCACUGGCAACCAUCAACAACUUAAAGGACAUGGGGCGGCUGAAGGCGGCGGUCGGCAGCGGUUUCGAGGGGAAAGUGUGGAUCGGCCUGAAUGACGGCCGCUCGAAAUGGAAGUGGUCAAGAUAUGACCCAAUGGCAAAGGUGGAAGUUAACUUUACGAGUUGGCACUCAGGUCAACCAAAUGACACACAACCAAAUGGGAAGCUGUGCGUUGCUUUUCAACAAGGUACCUGGUAUGACUUCGGCUGUGGGUCAACAUUCCCCUUUGUCUGCUACGAUGGAGACGUCUCCAACUCCUCACUUGGAUAUGUCAUGAUUGACCAAGAGAUGACUUGGAAGCAGGCCCAGACCUACUGCAGGGCAAACCACCAAGACCUGGCCGCUGUGAGGUCCGACCAUGAUAACUCAGAGAUCCAGCAGCUGGUAGGAGAUGACCGGUUUGUCUGGAUCGGCCUCUUCAGACACGUCUGGAGCCUGUGGGCAGGUGUAGACAGUGGCUUCCAAAACUGGGUCAUCGGACACCCGAAAAAUUUAUCCGAGAGCUGUGCUACCAGCGUGUUUGACGCUGACCAUGCUGGAGAGUGGGUGGAAACACACUGUCAUGAGAAACACCCUUUUGUUUGCCACAACAGUAAGUCAUUUUUGUUUAUCUCUGAACCAUUCUGCAUUCAUUUGAACCUAUUAACAGUGAUACAGGGGAAAUUACUAAUCACC